GGGCGGGGCCUGAGUGACGUCGGUACCGUCGCGCGUGACACGUGGACGACAAGAUGGCGGCGAGGAGGGCAAUGUCAAUCUGGCCAUUGGUGCUUCUCUUAGAACUGCACACUUCAUCUACGUUUUAUGUACCGGGUGUUGCACCAAUUGACUUUCAUCAAAAUCAUCCUGUGGAAAUUAAGGCUGUGAAGCUGACGAGCUCCCGGACGCAGCUCCCAUACGAAUAUUAUUCCCUUCCCUUCUGUCGGCCGGACAAAAUUGAAUACAAAGCAGAAAAUCUUGGUGAGGUGUUGAGGGGUGAUCGGAUUGUGAACACGCCCUAUGACAUGCACAUGAACGUUGAAAAGAAAUGUGAAGUGCUCUGUGGCAAGCCAAACAAACCUGUCAAGUUCAAAAUAGCUGACAGUAAACUGGUCGUAGAAAGGAUUCAGGAAGAAUAUUAUAUUCACUUGAUUGCAGAUAACUUGCCUGUUGCAACGCGAUUAGAAUUUUACCCAAAUUCUGAAGACAAUGACAAAAAGAAAGAAAAGGAAGUGCAGUUUGAACAUGGUUACAGGCUGGGAUUCAUUGACAACAAUAAGUUCUACCUCCACAACCAUCUCUCUUUCAUUGUCUAUUAUCACAAAGAAGAAAUAGAAAUAGACCAGGAACCGACCUAUAGAGUUGUUCGCUUUGAGGUCGUACCACAAAGUGUUAAAUAUGAAGAUCUAAAAAUGGAUGAAAAGGGAAAUUGUAUCCUGCCUGAGGCAGCCGGCUCACUUCCCCAAGAAAUUGACCCCAACAAAGAAAAUGAUGUGCUGUUUACUUACUCUGUCCAUUGGGAGGGUAGUCCUAUUAAAUGGGCAUCUCGCUGGGACACUUACUUAACCAUGAGUGACGUGCAGAUACACUGGUUCUCCAUUGUCAAUUCCGUUGUUGUUGUUUUCUUCCUCUCUGGAAUCCUUAGCAUGAUCAUCAUUCGAACCCUCAGGAAGGACAUCGCGAACUAUAACAGAGAAGAUGACAUUGAAGACACAAUGGAGGAAUCAGGUUGGAAGCUGGUCCAUGGAGAUGUCUUCAGGCCACCACACUACCCUAUGAUUCUCAGCUCCCUCCUUGGCUCCGGUAUCCAGUUGUUCUGCAUGAUACUAAUCGUAAUCAUUGUUGCCAUGCUGGGAAUGCUGUCUCCGUCCAGCAGAGGGGCCCUGAUGACCACUGCUUGCUUUCUCUUCAUGUUCAUGGGGUUAUUUGGCGGUUAUUUUGCUGGCCGUCUCUAUCGCACUCUGAAAGGCCAUCGGUGGAGGAAAGGUGCUUUCUGCACUGCUACUCUCUAUCCUGGCAUUGUGUUUGGACUUUGUUUUGUCCUCAAUUGUUUUAUUUGGGGGAAACAUUCAUCAGGAGCUGUUCCCUUCCCUACAAUGUUGGCUCUUCUCUGCAUGUGGUUCGGCAUCUCCCUCCCCCUGGUCUACCUUGGCUAUUACUUUGGUUUUCGAAAGCAACCUUAUGACAACCCCGUGCGCACCAAUCAAAUACCACGGCAGGUUCCCGAGCAGCGAUGGUACAUGAACAGAUUUGUUGGAAUUCUUAUGGCCGGUAUCCUUCCGUUUGGUGCCAUGUUUAUCGAAUUGUUCUUCAUUUUUAGCGCAAUUUGGGAGAACCAAUUCUAUUACCUCUUUGGAUUCUUAUUUUUGGUAUUUAUUAUCUUGGUGGUAUCAUGCUCUCAGAUCAGCAUUGUCAUGGUUUACUUCCAGCUCUGUGCAGAGGACUACAGAUGGUGGUGGAGAACGUUCAUGGUGUCUGGGGGUUCUGCGUUCUACGUGCUUAUUUACGCCAUAUUUUAUUUUGUUAAUAAGUUGGAUAUUGUCGAGUUCAUCCCAUCGUUGCUCUAUUUUGGCUACACGACCCUGAUGGUGCUGUCCUUUUGGCUGCUGACUGGAACGAUCGGAUUUUACGCCGCAUACAUGUUCAUCCGGAAAAUCUAUGCGGCUGUGAAAAUAGACUGAGGGGCCAAGCCCGACGAGGCGUUUGUUUACGGUGGGCCUUCCAACUAUAAAUGUUUAUGAACGUGUUGACGAGCAUCUCUUGAUUCUGAAGAUUAUUAUUUUGAAAAAUUCCUUGGGUAAAAUUGCACGAUGUUCACUUUUGGUGUGAGUGGGCAAUGAUGUGUUUAUAAGAGGUGGAUUUUAUAUUUCAGUUAGAUUUGGAAAACAUGCCCUUUUUGGAGAGCAACAGACAUAGAAUGCUGCAUACAUGUCUUUUUUCUUUGAGGAAAUAGUUAUCCCAGCUUUGUUCCCAUUUUAUUGUGAUUAUUCCACAUAAAGAACAGUUAGAUUUCAUAUCACGUUGAUUAUUAAGUGCCAGGCACUUUAAAAAUCCAUGACUGGAAAUAUUUGUUUGCUUCUUAAGCAGCCAUGUUCAUGUGUUUUACAGUUAAGUAGGAGAAUGAAGGUUGUGUACAGAUAGAGAGAGGUACCUUGUAACCAGAGGUCCUAGUUUAUCAAUUGCCAUUUUUGUCCGAUAAGAAUAAAUCCAUCACUUGUACUUUGAAUGCAGCUCUAUUAAUGUGAAGAUUUCUUUUUGUAUAAGAAUACAUGCAACUCAAAGUGCCAGGGUGACCUAGUUUACUCAAAUAUUUUAUCAUUCAAAAGACAAUGUCCAUUCUGUUUGAUUGCUUUAGUGAGGAAGGCCAGGCUGUUGGGAGUGUCCUGGGAUGAAAUGCUUAUGGAUUUCCCACUCGCUCACAAUAUUUGAACAAGCACUUAAAGAGCACCGUGUGUGUGAGCAUGGAUCACCAGAGUUGCAUUUGAGCCAGUGGACGAAACACCAAAAAAAAAAACUUUGUUCAGAUGUAGAUCAUUUCCCUCUCCCCCAGUGCUUGGAACAAACAGAAGCCUUUUAAAUUACUAGGGGUGCAUUUUAAAAAUGGCUGCAGGUUUGGUGGUUCUAGAAGUGGUUUUAAAAUCACUAGUGACUAGUGUUUUGGUUUGCACCUUAGACUGUAGGUGUGAAUAUGUAUACAGGCAUAUUUGAGAAAUUCUGUAGAACUAGUAAAGGCUUCACCAUUUUAAAAUUAUUUUAUCUUGGUCUCCGUGGAAUAUUGAUAAUUUGAAGCCUGCAAAAUAGCAUUCUGAAAACAAAUCUUGCACUUUCCCCUUAAUGUAGUGCAUGUGUGACGAAGCAAGGAGUCUACUCCAUGGCACUGAUUGGCUUUUUACAUUUUUUUCUCCCCCCCCCCCCCCCCCCCAGGUCCCUUUCAUCGCCAGUGAAUUUACAACAUGUAGAAAGAUAGACGUGUUGCAUUAUUGCAUUUGAACAACACGUGAUUGAAAUAGAUAAGAAAAUGAAAACAGUGAGAGAAGUUUGUUGUGGCGUCCACAGUCCGUUGUUGGGGUGUUGCUAAACACUGCACUGACUUCAUCCAGGGCACACACACACCACCAACCUUUUUUUGGGGCUGUUUGACAAUUAAUCAAUAGAUCUGCUUUAUCUGUACAUUUUUCCUCAAUUAGUGGUGAAAUAGCCCGGAAAAAGGGGUUACGAAGUUUACAGUGAUUUGAAUUUUAUACAUUUCUAAAUAUUUAAAUGCUGCAUUCGAUUAUUUUUCUUCAGCGGUUCCAUGGGAUUCAUUUGAUUUGUGACUUUCUUGCAAUGGUGUAAAUAAAACAAUUUUGUACUUUUGCUUUCUGGUCAUGGGCACUGUAAGUAUUAUGUAAUUGUUCCCAAAGGCAUGUUAUUCUUCAUAUAAUAAGCAGUAUAAAAAUAUGUACAUUUUCCUUUACAUUAGCUGCAGUGGUGAUUUGUGCUUUUUCCAUAAUGCUUCAGAUCUUGAAUCUGUAGGAAAUUGUGCUGCAUGAAUUGCUUUAGUAAAUCGGGGACAUAGACUCAUGCUCAGCAUACCCAUUUUUCUGAGUGGGAGUUUAGUAUGAUCCAGCGGGUUCAGCGACUUAGCGGGUUCCCACUUACACAAAUCCCAACUGAAAUAUAAUAUACUGCGUUUAAGUCUUGAAAAUUGCAGACUCACUACCCAAUCAAUUUUAAAUAGGUGGUUGUAAAAUAUCUCAAUCUUUUCACCUCGUCGGAGGGACAGUGUCCACUUGUUGCCAGUUCAUCAAAUGUUGCAGACUCUGAUAGACCACACGUCCAUCUUCCACCGUUAACUCUGAACACCCCAACGUUUUGAAAGCUGGGCAGGUCUCAAGUUUACGCCUUUCAUUCCUUUGUAUUAUUGCAUCGUGAUAAGAGCUCGAUCUCCAGCCUCCUUCCCUCAAACACAACACGUCACCCCCUGCAACACAUUUUUACUAGUCUUCCAGUCAUUUGAGUAAGUAUAUGUACAGCUGGCUCUGUAGAUCUGCAGCUUCAGAAGAGUUGGGAAAUUUCUCUGGCUGUAGAGACGUAAAGAGAAACCAGAGAGUAGAAAUUGGAGCCUGAAGGGUAGAAGAUACUUGCAUAUUCUAUUCUCGGCACAUUUAUGCUUUCUAUGUACACGGGCCUGCAUCUAAUGCCAUUCAAACUCAGUCAUCUGUACAGAUGUUCAUUUAACUUGAGCAGUUUAUGUACAUUGUAGAAGCUAUUCUGCCUUUAGCUCACAGAAAAUCUCAACUUAAGAAUAGAGCACUCUGUGGACAGAAAAAAAAAAUCCUUUGCAAUUGGAAGGCUGGCACUGCCUUAACUGGAAAGAAGACAGUAUACAUCAGAAAUAUAGUAGUUCUGCUACAGCAGAUUAUUAUUAUGGAAACAAGAUGAUUGAUGAGCUGGGUGGCUGGGUGGGACAAAUUGGUGAUUAAAGAAAAUUUCAAUUGGGAACUAUAGAACCACUUAAAAUUUGCUUCGGAAAUUGGCACGGGGUGGAAAAACAGCCGUCUUGUGGGGGGAAAAGUCUAGGUAGAGAAAAAAACAACUAAAGAUAGACACAAAAUGCUGGAGUAACUCAGCGGGACAGGCAGCAUCUCUGGAGAGAAGGAAUGGGUGACGUUUCAUGUCAAGACCCAUCCUCAAUAACAACUAUUUUCAUAUAAUCUUCCUGCAGUAAUCAGACACCAUUGUCUGUCAAGAAGACUGCUGGUUUCACCACAGAUGUCCAUUGCUAUCGACACUUGGGCAGUGAUACUCCAUUAAACUAUGUAACAUACAGCCUUCAGUAUUUUUAGCUUACAACAACAAAAUUAAACUUAUAGCUAUUGUUUUUGUAAAUCCUGUGGGGAAAUAACUUUGCUAUUGCGAGUCUGAUGCCAUCGAGCUCUAAACCCCCCUCUUCCCCAUUCACACUAUAGUUUUCACAACCCUAUUUUCUACAAUGGGGUUGUUGUAGUGCCGCAACUAUCACGUUAUAACAGACUACCUGUCCUGUAAAGUCUGAACUUGUCCCAUGUGCAGGGAGGAAAAUCACUAAUAUGCAUUUUAUCAAUGUAAAUACACAUUUUAAAGAUAAAAAAUUGACCAGUACUUACUUGAGCCAAAAGUCUGUGUUGUAAAAUGUUCAUUUAAUUUAAGGAAGAGGCAAGAUGUAUGUACUGAUUCUCUGUAAAGGCACCUCGUGUCUUACACAGGGGUUACGUUCUUGAAAAACAGCGCUCAUCUCAAGAAGCGUAAAUUAAAGGUAUACACGGCCGCAAAUCUGAAUGUGUUAUUUAAAAAAUACGAGCCCGAAAAUCAGUCAUUGCCAUUCAUCCCACAAGCACAUUAUUCCAAAUAACACAAAUCAAACAUGCAUAAAGUGCAAGGUGCCUGCACUUGUGUUCAAAGUAGGAAACAUUUAGUUAAUUUCUCCAACUUGCAUCUUAAAGCCAUCGUUUAAUAUUUUGUUGAGCAACUUAAACUGGAUUUUAAUGCGUUGGCAACCACCCCACCUAAGACAAUAGGCCUGCAAUCUUGUUUUGUUUCUCAUACCCGACCGAGUAUGAUGCAAGUACAAAUCUUCCACUCGAGAUUCAGCGCACAAAUUUAUGGUCAAGGCGUGCCGGAAGAAUAGUGGGUCCCACGGCAGCUUUUUGCAAUCCCUGCAUGAAAGUAAAAAGCUGCCAGAAGCCGUAAGACCCAAGACUCAUUCCCUCCUUUUGUUUAAGGGGGCUGUUAGUGCAAACUUAAAUGAUUGGCAACUCUGAAAGCUGUUACACCAUCAUCAGGCCAAUCUACAAAAACACCUGAACUCUGGCCACCCUACACUCACAGUUGAACGCUAGUUUAGCUCAUUGAUUCACAAGGCGGAUUGCCUUUAAUUAUGUUGACGUUCUGGUUAAACGUAUAUCAGGAAUGCCUUAAAGAAAACACCUAGUGCAGACUUGUGCCAAUUUCUCCAAAAUCAAAGGUGCCCGUAAAGAAAGUUUAAGCCAGACUAGGUUAGUGGAUUGUGUGGAAAGUGGAAUAAAAACACAUGCGCCCUGUUCUUACUCUUAUUACGAUCCAUAGACAAUGACCUUACCUUGUGUAGCUAGGAGGAUCUUAACAGCUGACGGUGGAAAGACUGACAAAACACAUAAACUUGGCGGUGAAGUUAAGAGUUUGAUACAUACACCAUAACAGCUUCCAAUAGCACCUGAAUGCCAACUGAAUAUAAAAUCAAAAGCAAAGAGGUCUUAUGCUAAGCUCAUGCAUCCCUCAAUCAUGUCUGUCUUCUGAAAGAAUUGGAACAAAUGUAAAUAAUGAACAGUUAGCAGUUCAAGCUCCUUUGUUUAAUUGUUCAAAAGUAACAUGGAAGCAAUGUAUAAUGUACAAUACGUAAAAUAUGUUUGCUGUCGUACUUCUUUGGGUCUACCAAUAAAUGUCCAUCAAAUUCAGCUGCAGCAACCUGAAAACGGUCCUGUAAAAAUGUGAUGAUGUUGCUAUUAACCUGAAUUACAUUUGUACAAAUACCAGUCGUAUGUAAAUAAAAUGCUAUAUAAAAAUAA